AUGUCUCGUUUCUUUGCUAAUGCGUACGAUUACGAGAGCGCUUCUUCAUCGGAGGAAGAAGACCUAUUGUCUUCUUCUGAGGAAGAAUUAAUGAGCUCUUCCAGCAGCGAAGCCGAAUCAGAGGACUCCUUCUUCGAUGAAUCUGAAUCUGAGUCGGAUGUUGACUCUGAUGGGUCUGACGGCAGCCCCUAUGGUCCUGAUUGGUUCAAGAAACCCGAAUUCAGAAAGGGUGGUGCUCAAUCGUCUGGUGCCAACAAAUUUUUGAAGAACGCCAGUUACUCAGACUCUGAUGAAUCCGAUGACGAAGGAAAGAAGGUGGUAAAAUCUGCAAAGGACAAACUUCUGGAUGAAAUGAGAAAUGUUUACAACAAAAUUGAUGUUGCUGAAAUGACACAAGACUGGAUCCAGAUUUUGAACGAAUUUGACAACAUGUCCCGUUUACUCACCAGAGCCCAACAACAGAACUACGGUACUCCAAACAUCUUCAUAAAGGUUGUGGCCCAAGUCGAAGAUGCUGUGGCUGCUACAUCACAAUCUGAAAUCAAGAACAAGGCUAUAGCCAGAGCCUACAACACCAUUAGGCAAAGAGUGAAGAAGGUUGCAAGGGAAAAUGAAACUCUAUUGAACAAGUUUAGAGAAACUCCAGAGGCUUUCGACAACGAUGCAAGCGUCGACAUGGAGGGCUCUCAAGAAAAUGGUGCUGCUUCCCUGUUUGCCCUGGCUGGUAAGAAGGGUGCCGACUUGUCAUCAGUCGCAACUGCUUCUUCCGAAUCAGAUUUCUUUACUGCAUUGCGUAUCGUAAUCGACUCGAGAGGUAAGAAGGGUACCGACCAUCAUGCCCAAGUUAAGACCAUGGAGGAACUAUUGGAAAUUGCCAAGUCUCCCUACGAAAAAAUUGUUGCUUACCUAAAUUUGAUUCCUAUUAGAUUUGACGCCUCUGCGACUUUGUCCUACCAACCAUUGGAUCAAUGGAAGGCUGCCCAUGAAGAUAUUGUUCAGCUAUUGAACACCUUGGAAACUAACAUCAGCACUUAUCAUGUUACCGAACUUGCUCCAGUGAAUGAGAAUAUCGAGGAGGAACCACAAGCAAACGAGAAUGGAGUUAAGCAAAUUCUCGGCUCUGUUUUUUCGUUUAUCGAAAGACUUGAUGAUGAGUUUAACAAGUCGUUACUGAAUACCGAUCCUCACUCUAGUGAUUUCUUAGAUCGUUUAAGAGAUGAACAAUCUGUUUACAAUUUGAUUCUCAGAUCUCAACUAUAUUUGGAAUCCGUUCUACCAGAAGAAGACAAGGAGAAAAACUUGUCCCGUGUUUUGACUAGAAGACUCGAUCACAUUUAUUACAAGCCAACAAAGUUGGUGGAAAUUAUCGAAACAAAUGCAUGGAAGAGUGUCCCUAAUGGUGCCAAGUCUUUGUUUUCUACCCUAGAAGGCGAGGCCAAUGCCACAUAUAUCUUCCAGUUGGUUGAUUUGUUGUGUGGUGUUCUAUGCAAGCAGAAAGACGCUGCUUUGCGUAAACGCGCAUCUUUAUACCAAGUCUACUUUUACGCAUUGAACAGUGAGUUUCAAAAGGCUAAACAAAUGCUACUGUCUUCCAACAUUCAAUCGUCCAUUAACAAUGCGGACCCAUCUUUGCAAAUCUUGUUCAACAGGGCAGUAGUCCAAUUGGGUCUUGCCGCAUUCAAGUUGUGUUUGAUUGAUGACUGUCACCAAAUUUUGAAUGAGGUGUCUACAAGCACGCAUUUGAGAGACAUCUUGGGCCAACAAAGUCUACAGAGAGCCUCUUCUAACAGUAUUCAGGGUACAACAUCAUCUACUGAACAACUAUGUUUACCAUUCCACCAACAUAUAAACCUAGAUUUGAUCGAUGUCGUUUUCAUGACUUGUUCCUUAUUGAUCGAAGUUCCACAUAUGGCUGCAUUUUUCUCUGGCAUCAAAGUCAAGAGAAUCCCUUACUCUCAAAAGUCAAUUCGUCGUGCUCUAGAGCAUUAUGAGAAAUCGAGUUUCCAAGGUCCACCAGAGACUUUAAGAGAUCAUGUCUUGUAUGCUGCUAAAUCUAUGCAAAAGGGAGACUGGGAAAAAUCUGUGAAGUACUUGAGAGCUAUUCCAACUUGGGCCCUGCUACCCAAGUCAGAUGAAAUGCUUGAUAACCUAACCGAAAGAGUUCAAGUGGAAUCCUUGAGAACAUAUAUAUUCACUUUCAAGAGGUUUUAUUCCAAGUUGGCUAUCAAGAAGCUUUCUGAACUGUUUGGACUGUCCGAAGAAAAGGUAAUUGAAAUAGUGGAAGGCAUAAUCGCUGAAUAUGAUAUCAAGGGAAGUUUGAACGAGGAGAAGACUUGUAUUGUGUUUGAAAAAGGUUACGAGAUUACAAAAUUGGAGGAAGUGGCUGUCAAGCUAGCUAAAGAAGCCAAAUAUGUCAGCGAACGUCUAAACGAGAAGAAAUUUGGAAGCAACACUGGUGACCGCUCCAACGAUAAGAAGUUUGGCAGCAACAGUGCUCAACGUAAACAGGACUGA